CGCAUGCGCAGAGGGGAGGAAACGGGACAAGGCGGAAGAGGUUUUCUGCGGCCAGUGAUAAAUAAGGAGAAUACGGUUAGGGGUUUGCUCCCGGUUGUUCCUCCGCUACGGGUUUAUAAAACACCGGACACUUACGAACGUGAGACACGGACCCAUAGUCAGUGGCGACUGCGAUGUUUGUAGCCGACUACCUGUUCGUGUAGCCAGACGGGUUCCUCCGCAACGCUGUGGUUUCCGGGGAAGAUGCCCGCGCGCAGCGUCGUGUCCAAUGGGAUUCCUAACACCGACGUUAGGUAUUCCCGGUUGGCCAGUGACGACGACGGCUACAUCGAUUUACAGUUCAAAAGAAGCCCACCCAAAGUCCCAUACAAGGCUAUCGCACUAGCCACCUUCCUCUUCUUAAUUGGCUCUCUGUUGAUCAUCAUUGGUGCCCUUCUACUGGCCGGGUACUUUGGUGUCACACACUCUGACCGGACUGUGCCUGUUCUUAUUAUUGGAAUCCUUGUCUUCCUUCCUGGAUUCUAUCACCUGCGUAUAGCUUACUAUGCAUCUAAGGGCUACCGAGGUUACUCCUAUGAUGAUAUUCCAGACUUUGAUGACUGAACCGGUCCCCAGCUUGCGACCAUUUUGUUUUGUAUUUUGAUUGAGGCAUAUUAUGUGUCCUCGUGGAUUUAAGGCAGUGCUGUUAAAGAAAUUUAAAAAGCCAAAAUGUUUAGUGUACAGUUUAUACCCUAGUGCAUAAAGCUAUUUAUUUUGAUUUGAUGUUUUGAUUUGAAGUAGAACUAGUGAAUGCCAGUCUGAAUUAGUGAAUGUCAAAUAUAGAAGACAUGUAUGUUAGGGUUAAUACUCCUUUCUGUGCCCCUGACCGAGGCAUGGGAAGAAGAACUGGGGUUGGUCCCUGGGCGCUGCACAACGGCUGCCCACUGUUUGCGGUGUGUGUGUUGGGAUGGGUUAAAUGCAGAUGAUAUUAAAGUACAUCUUAUCUUAUCACAUAUCCUAUAUUUCAGAUAUUGUUUUUUGCAUGAUUUCAUUCUUUUUUUAGCCUGGUAAAUAAAUAAUGAAAAUGUAAUU